UAUAUUUACAUAUAUUUGAAGUGCAAACGAAAAAAAGUAAAUAAGGAAAGUGCCAGUGCUGAACUAAGCUAAUAAGAAAGAAAGAUAAACCGAAAUAAGCUCUACUCAAAAUAUAUGAAAGGCAAAUGUGUUUUGACAAAUUUUUGACCAACUCAACGAAUUAAUUUAAACGUUUACGAUUCGGUUUCGUACGCCGCAGACACCACUUGGAUUACGGGUUUCCGGUUGCGCGUCUCGCUGAACUUACUGCAAGCAAAAAGUUUACGAACAAACGAAAACAAAAAAAUUGAAAAACACAAAAUGGUGUAGUGGCACAAAAUUGGUACUAAAAAAAAUUUAAAACAGCAAUAAACGCAUAAAUUAAAAACAAAAAUGCGCAAAUUAAAGAAAUAACAUUUUGCCUAGAUCAGCAACACCUUGAAGCGUGUGCGAUUUCGUUAGUGAGUGAGUGUGCUUGUGUUUUAUGCAAUUGUGCAAAAUAUCAAAAAAGCACAAAUCGGCGUAUUUAUUGAAAAGUUAAAAAAAAAUUUACCACUGAAACGACCAAACUAAAAUUCCAAAACCAACAAAAAAAAAACACCACGCAAUGUCAACGAAAAUGACGCUAAUCUCCAAGACGAUCCUCUCCGUCCUCAUAUUCGUCAUAAUACCUGUGCUCGGCGCGGCGCUUAGCAAAACAGUACUCUAUCAGGCGCCCGACGAGUGCCGCUGGUCCGGCACCAGCGAGGUGGACAUCACGCUCGUCUGUCACCUGCGCACCAUCAACUCCGAGCUGGAGAACACCAACUUCAGCGUCAUACAGCCGCAGAAUACGAUACGCUUGCGGCUAGAGUGCAACGAUGCACUCUUCUUCCAGAGCAGCCUCAGCCCGGACUCGUUCCGCUCGUUGGUGGAGCUGCGCGCACUCACCAUCGAAUACUGUAAGCUAGGCAACAUCACAGAGGGCUCGUUCCGUGGUCUGCAGGAUUUGCGUAAUCUAACGAUACGCACGCACAACGGUGACUGGUCCACCAUGUCGCUGGACAUUGCCAGCAGCAGCUUUAGUGAAUUUCGUCAACUAGAUCGCUUAGAUUUGAGCUUAAAUAAUAUUUGGCUCAUAUCAGAUGGCAUGGUGUGUCCACUGAAGGUGCUGACGCAUCUGAAUAUCUCACACAACGAGAUACAGGAUAUUGGAAAUUUUCAUUUUAGUGCCUCGCUUAGUACGCGCAAGUCGCGCAUAUGCGGCUCAUCGCUGACACAUCUCGAUCUGAGCGCCAAUAAGAUUGCCAACCUGCCAUCGGCGAUCUUUUCUGGCUUGGGUCGGUUGAGCAACCUGAAUUUGGCGCGCAACAGCAUGAAUUUUAUUGCAGAUCGCGCAUUCGAGGGACUGGUAUCACUUUCCGUUGUUGACCUCUCCGGCAAUCGUUUGACUUCACUGCCACCUGAGCUCUUCGCCGAAGCCAAGUAUGUGAAGGAGAUCUAUCUGAAGAAUAACAGUAUUAAUGUGCUUGCGCCAGGUUUAUUUAGCGAUCUGGCCGAUUUGCUGGUGUUGGAUAUGUCGGCGAACGAGCUGAAUUCACAGUGGGUAAACGCUGCCACCUUUGUCGGCUUGAAGCGGUUGGUGCUGCUUGAUUUGUCUGCAAAUAAGAUAAGCAAACUGGAAGCCAGCAUUUUCCGUUCACUUAGUUCGCUACAGAUACUCAAGUUAGAGGAGAACUACAUUGAUCACAUACCGGACGGUGCAUUCGCCGAUCUGGCCAACUUACACACGCUAAUUCUUUCGAACAAUCGCAUUUCCACUAUCGGCCCGCACACGCUGCGUGGCCUCUACGGCAUACUUGUCCUCAGUCUCGACUACAAUCGCAUCGCCAAGAUAGACACGCAAGCGCUGCGCAAUUGCUCUAGCAUACAGGAUUUGCAUUUGAAUGGCAAUAAGCUGCAGACCAUACCGGACGCACUUAGCGCUGUGCCGCUCCUGAAGACAUUGGACAUUGGCGAGAAUUUAAUUACGAACAUUGAAAAUACCAGCGUUUCGGCGAUGAGCAACUUGUACGGCUUGCGACUGACCGAAAAUGCCAUUGAGUACAUACGGCGCGGCGUGUUCGAUCGCAUGACAUCGCUGCAGAUACUGAAUUUGUCCGGCAACAAAAUCAAAAGCAUCGAAGGCGGUGCACUGCAUCGCAACACACAGCUGCAGGCCAUACGGCUGGAUGGCAACCAUCUGAAAAGCAUCGAUGGCUUGUUCACUGAGUUGCCAAAUUUGGUGUGGCUUAACAUUUCGGAUAAUCGUCUGGAGAAGUUCGACUACUCGCACAUACCGACCGGUUUACAAUGGCUGGAUGUGCGUGCCAACCGCAUCACGCAGCUAGGAAACUACUUCGAAAUCGAAAAUGAACUGAGCCUGAGCACCUUUGAUGCCAGUUCGAAUAUGCUUAGUGAGAUCACAGCCAGCUCAAUACCGAAUAGCGUGGAAGUGUUGUACUUGAACGAUAACAUGAUCAGCAAAAUACAACCGUACACGUUCUUCAAGAAACCCAAUCUGACGCGCGUCGACCUCAUACGCAAUCGGCUCACGACGCUGGAGCCAAAUGCUCUGCGGCUCUCGCCCAUACCCGACGACAAGGACAUACCCGAGUUCUACAUUGGCCACAAUCCAUUCCAGUGUGACUGCAAUCUAGAUUGGCUGCAGAAGGUCAACACCGAGUCACGCACGCAACCGCAACUCAUGGAUCUCGAUCAGAUCUACUGCAAGUUGUCGUAUGCGCGCGGUAAGACGCACGUGCCGCUCAUCGAGGCCAAGUCAAAUGAGUUCCUCUGCAAAUACGAGGCGCACUGUUUUGCGCUAUGCCACUGUUGUGACUUCUAUGCAUGCGACUGCAAAAUGGAGUGCCCGGAUCGCUGCGCUUGCUACCACGACCAAUCGUGGACAUCGAAUGUCGUCGACUGCUCGCGUUCCGCCUACGACCGCACACUGCCAUCGCAUAUACCAAUGGAUGCGACACAGCUCUACUUGGACGGCAACAACUUCCGCGAACUCUCAAGCCACGCAUUUAUUGGACGCAAACGGCUUAAGGUGCUGCAUCUAAAUCACUCGCGUAUCGAAAUUGUGCACAAUCGCACCUUCUACGGCUUGCUAGAACUCGAAGUGCUGCAGUUGAACCACAAUAACCUGCGCCAGCUGAAUGGUAAUGAGUUCCAAGGACUGGAUAAUUUGCAGGAAUUGUACUUGCAGCACAAUGCCAUAGCCAGCAUUGACACGCUCACCUUCACCCACCUCUAUCACCUGAAGAUUUUGCGUCUCGAUCACAACGCUAUCACAGAGUUUGCCGUUUGGAAUUUUCUGCCUUCCUAUCUGAAUGAGCUGCGCCUAGCAGGUAAUCCUUGGUCUUGCAAUUGUGACUUUAUCGACAAGCUGCGAGAUUACGUUAACCGACACGAGGCAGUGCAGGAUAAGGUGAAGCUGCGUUGCUCACUACUUACCGGCAAUAAUGGUACUUUGGCUGGCAGUAAUAACAGCGCUCUGCUGGCGCAGCAGCCUGGCCCCGAGCAGCUAGCUAUCUAUCUCAGCGGCGAUCCACUGCUGGAUGCACAAACCCACUUCGUCGCUUGUAAUGGUGGCCUGCAGGCACCACAGCAGCAAUCGCCGCUCGGCGCUGGACAGUACAACGGUGGUAUCGGUCAUGGCGCAGACCCCAACGACAACGUGAUCAUCAACGGCAACAUGACAUCCACGAAAAUGAUACUCUCGCAGCCGCCUAUGCACGAGUAUGUACCCAUACUUGUAGCCAUACUGACCAGCUUUGUCUUCGUGAUCAUUUGCACGCUGCUCGUGUUCAUCUUUCGCCAAGAAAUGCGCGUCUGGUGUCACUCACGCUUCGGCAUACGGCUCUUCUGCAAUGCCAAUCGCGAUAUCGAUAAGAACGAACGGGAAAAACUCUUUGACGCCUUCAUCUCGUACAGCUCCAAAGACGAGGCAUUUGUUUGUGAAGAUCUUGCGCCCAUGCUAGAACAGGGCGACACGCGUUACAAGCUAUGUCUACAUCAUCGCGACUUUCCGGUGGGCGGCUACAUGGCCGAUGCCAUCGUACAAGCAAUAGACACCUCACGACGUACCAUUAUGGUGCUUUCGGAGAAUUUCAUCAAGUCAGAGUGGUGCCGUUUCGAGUUCAAAUCGGCGCAUCAGUCUGUGCUGCGUGAUCGACGGCGACGUCUCAUCCUAAUCGUGCUUGGCGAAGUGCCACAAAAGGACAUCGAUCCUGAGCUGCGUCUCUAUCUGAAAACCAAUACAUACCUACAGUGGGGCGACAAACUGUUCUGGGAAAAGCUGCGUUUCGCGCUGCCCGAUGUGCCCAACAAUCAACGGCGCAUGCGCAACGCAGGUGGUGGUGUCGCUGGCUGCACCGGCGUAGGCGUACAUAUGCCCAUCGCCCAGCUGCCACCCACACAUCAUCACCACCAGCAUCAUAUGCUCUCGGCAGGUGGCAGUAGUGGCGUUGGCAGCAACAUUGGCGCCGGCAGCCAUCACCUGCAUCACAUGCACCCGCAAGCGGCGCUGCAACACCAUCAGCUGCAGCACGCCAGCUUUCGCUCACAAAUGCAUCACAACAUCAACGGCAGCCGGCAGAAUCACAAUCGAAACAACUCGGCUGCCGCGGCGGCACAGCAACAACAUCAACAGCAGCAAGCGGCAAUGCUAAUGGGUGCGCCAGGACAGUGCGCGCAAUUGCCACAGCAGACGCAGCAGCUACUGCCCACAGCGCCGGGAGUGGGCGCGCAACCCAGUAGCAUACAACAGCAACAGCUGCCGCCACCGCCGUGCCCCAGUCCGCGCAGCAUUACGACGCAGUCAUCGGCGACGGGUGGUAGCUCACAGAGUUCCGGUCGUACAAUGGGCGUGCACAUCUAAGAUGGGCCACAGCAAAGGGAUGCGGUCUACCGCACGUGUAGUGUGUAUGUGUGUGUCAUGUAGGUGUACAUAUGAAUGUAUGUAUGUGUUAAACGCCGGGUAGCACAGGCGAUGAUGAGUGCCAGGUAACGAGUAGGAGUUGAGUGGCAAUAAGUGCUGAAAAGGCUGUAAGAAAAAGCUGCAAAUUUUAAGUGUUUAGCAAAAGUGUGGUCAUGUGCUAGAGAGGCUUCCGCGAGAGAAAGGCAAUGUAGAGUCAUUGAAAUUUAACCAAAUCUUUUGAUAAUCGUCACCGUCACAGUAGGCUACCAACUCCCAAAAAAGGAGCUGCUGAUGCAAAUUCUAUAUAGACUUUGUAUUACUUUCAAGAUUUCUGAUUGAAUCGCUAAUGAUACAUCAAACUUAGCUUUAGGUUGGCUCAUAGCUUUUAAUUUAAAUAAAAAAUGCUAUGGUCAUAGGUUCUUAGCAUUCACUUUGCACACACACACAUACAAUGCUCUAACAUGAUGUGUGCAACAUUUGCCUUUCACAUUUUGAAUUUUCGAUCAGCGAUUUGCAAACAUUUCCCAAAUUCAGGUCAAACAAAUCGGCGCAACAAAAAUAUCGGCAGCUGAAAGGCAGUACAAAGGCAGCAAAAAAUAGGAAAGAAAACAAAGAAGAGCUGAUUGCAACACUUGCAUUUAAAUACAUGCAUAUAUACAGAUGUAUGUACAUAUAUACUCAUAUGUAUGUAUGUAUACCAAAAUCUGCAAAUAAAUGUAAACGUAUCUACAUUUGGUCUAUUUUGAAAACAAAAAAAAAGUCCCAAAAAUCGACAUACAAUAGUCGAAUACGGUUGGCAUUGAACAUUUACUUCGUGCAACAUGACGAUUGGCAACAUGUUGCCAUUACUUUGUGCAUUUUGCACUUUUUCGUUGUGUUUCUUAAACAUAUUUGUUUGUGUGUAUUUGUGUGCAGCGUUGCAUGCCUAUGCGAUUGCUCUUUUAUUUUUUUUUUAUUUUUUUUUUUUAAGAAAGCAGUUAGUCACGUUAAAGUUGUCGCCUGCUUGUUGACUGAAUGACCAACGAACCGAACACUGACUGAGCGGCUGACUGAUGUUUUAUUAGGCUGUAGUUAAGUUCGAUUUUAGGGAUUGGCUUAAUUUGCAAGCUACUUGCAAGCAGUUGAGAUUUAGAUUUAGAUUUUGGGUUACUCGAGCACAGCUAGCAACAUUUAAAGCGAGUGCCCGUAGCGGAACCUCUCAGAAAAAAAAGCAAGACGUUUUAGAAAAUGAAGAAUUCUAAGAUCUAUUUUGGGAGGAUAUUUAUUUAAAUGUAUGAAUAUAUCUCACAGAUAGUUUUUUUGUGAAACUACCAGCUUCUAAAGGCUUCAAAGUCAAUGCAAGUUAAUAUGUGACGUCAUCAAAAAAAAAACAACUCAGAUCCUCUACAACAUACAUAAUUAAAAACUGAUCCACAUUCUUUUUAGCCUUACCUACAAAUUCACAGACUCUUAUUGCUCUAAUUUCGGGUAUAUUAUAUAAAUUUUCCAAUUCCCGCAACAAAAACUAUGCUGUCUUAUGGAUGAAAGGCACAAACUGAAAAAAAAUAAACAAAAAGUGUACAGAAAACCGAAACGCACACAAAAAUGUGCAUAUUUUACAUGACAACAACAACAAGAGUCGCAACCACUUCACCACAAUAAUUUUAUGUCGGCCAUGGCAAUGGAUCUGUGACUGCGCAUGCUGCCGCCACAAUCAAGUUGUAUCGCAUAACCGCGCGCAACCGUACGCUGUCGCCUCGCCGCUGCGGCCGAUACGUAAUGCGAUGAUUGGCAAUAUUGCUGCUGCCCGCUUAGUACUGGCUAGCACUGUUUUUGUUCUUGUUGUUUGCUGAUUAUUAUGCACGUUUUACAUUAGCAAGACGAGAGUGUUGUUGCAGUCGUACCUGCUUUAGUUGUUGUUUUAGUUUUAUAUCAAGUUGUUUUUCUUACUCACUGCCCAUUAUGAGUUUCCUGUGCGCCAUAGUGAUACAGAAAAUUGAUGUUGCAUGCAACAAUCAGGGGAGAAAAAAACACGAAUCCAAAAAGCCAGACGAGAGCAAAACCACUAGACACCGUACAGAAAAGUUCAAUGCAAAAUUGUGUAAAAAGCAGUAAGAAAAGAAGAAAAAAGAAGGCCAAGAAAUUAUGUACAAGUAGACGGACGCAAAAACAAAGUGGCCGCUACAAGCAAAAAAAAAAACAUGCAGACGAAGUUGGCCGGCUACAGAAAAUGGCAUAAUAAA